CGAUCUCACACCGACGACAACGAAACCAUGCAGCAAUCACAACAACAACAGCAGCAAAUUGAAAUCAACCCGGAAUACAGCGAAGGCGGCAGCAUAGACAAACUUUCACCUAAUCAGGACAUUUUUAUAAAUGCCGUCGACGGUCUGCCCAGCCAACAUCCGAAGUUGCCGCCGGAAGGCGAUGUGGAUACCGAUACGGAGCCAGAGGUAGAUGCUGAUUCGUUUGAUGAUUCGCCAACAUCCAUCAUUGUGACCAACAUACAUUCGGAGGUGUUUGCCAAUCCUGAUCUUAAGCAUGCCAUGGAGGUGGUGUUCCGCACUUUCAGCUAGUCGGCCACCUUCCAAUGGCUGCGCAGCUUUCGCCGACUCCGGGUGAACUAUGACAAUGCCAUUGCGGCAGCUAUCGCACGCAUCAAGCUGCAUCAGCACGAGUUUAACAAAAAGACGGUGAUCACCUGUUACUUUGCGCAACCGGUGACACCCGUUAGCAACAAGAAUCUACAGCCACCGGCGCCGGUGAAACAGUUCCUUAUCUCUCCACCCGCCUCGCCGCCAGCUGGUUGGGAACCGCGUGAAGAGGGUGAGCCGCUUGUCAAUCACGAUCUGCUCGCGGUCUUGGCCAGUCUAACACCCGGUGAAUCGCACGAGCUACAUCCACAGAGCGAGGAUCAGCCGGCAAUUAUUGUGCACACCGCCAUGGUGCCCGAGGGAGGAGGCGUAGGCACAGCACUACAACCAAAGGCGCAAAUUGUACAAACCAAAUGUCCGGAGCGCGCAUAAGCGCCCAACUU